AGGCCCCGGGGAUGGCAGGGGCUGGAGAGGGGGCGAAGGGCAGGCUCCCCGGGGAACUUCCUGUGCUGCCCUGGGGAGGGUCUUCAUCCAGGUUUGGGCCCAUCCUCGGGGCCUCCGAACAACCCUGGGAGAAAAGAGGAGAUUCUGGCGGAGCAGGGAGCGGAGAUCGCGCCCCCGGGCUCGGGACAGUGGCCGGCACACAGUCGGCGCCUAAUGGAUGCUUGCUGACCGACCGACCGUUGUUUGCCUACGAGCAGUGUCCCGGGCCUGCGACUCACCGAGCUUGCAACUCUUCUUGCCACCGAGAUCCUCAGAUGGCCUGCAGAGUCGAUGAUGGUGGAGCUACCCCAGUACAGGAUGAACGGGAUUCAGGGUCAGACGUUGAAGAUGAUGUAAUUGAGCAGCACUCUGGAUCAGACAAUGGAAGUUUAGAGCAUCAUUCAGAGAAUGAUCAUAGUGAUAGAGAAGAUGAUGGACGUAUUAAAAGACAUCAUAUGACAGACUCAGAAAAUGAGGACCUUACAAAUCACAAUGUUAGUGACUCUGAAAAUGAGGAGCUUCAUAGGCAUAAGUAUAGUGACUCUGACACCGAAGACCAGCCAGACCCUCCAGUAAGUGACUCUGAAAAUGAGGACCUGAAUCAUCCCACAAGUGACUCUGAAAACGACGAGCCCCAGAAGCUGCCUGCUAGUGACUCUGAAAAUGACGAACCUCUCAAUGGGCAUGCAAGUGACUCAGAAAAUGAGUAUGCUCCUAAGCUUCCCGCCAGUGACUCUGAGAAUGAGGAAUUUCAAAAAGGUAUUGAUAGCGAUUCAGAUGUUGAAGAGCCCCAGAAAGGUCCUGCCAGUGACUCGGAAGCUGAUGAGUCCCAGAAAGGUCCUGCUAGCGACUCAGAAGCUGAUGAAUCCCGGAAAGGUCCUGCCAGUGACUCGGAAGCUGAUGAGCCCAGGAAAGGUCCUGCUAGCGACUCGGAAGCUGAUGAAUCCCGGAAAGGUCCUGCCAGUGACUCGGAAGCUGAUGAGCCCAGGAAAGGUCUUGCCAGUGACUCGGAAGCUGAUGAAUCCCGAAAAGGUGGUGCCAGUGACUCCGAAGCUGAUGAGCCCAGGAAAGGUCUUGCCAGUGACUCGGAAGCUGAUGAAUCCCGAAAAGGUGGUGCCAGUGACUCCGAAGCUGAUGAGCCCAGGAAAGUUCUUGCUAGUGACUCAGAAACUGAUGAACCCAGGAAAGGUCCCAUCAGUGAUUCAGAUGCUGAAGAGCCCAGGAAAGGUCCAGCCAGUGACUCGGAAGUUGAUGAGCCCAGGAAAGAUCCUGCCAGUGAUUCAGAAGCUGAAGAGCCCCCAAAAGGGCCUGCCAGCGACUCAGAAGCUGAUGAGCCCCAAAAGGGCCAUGCCAGUGACUCUGAAGCUGAGGAUGCCCCUAAACUUGCCAGUGAUUCUGAAAAUGAGGAGGCCCCAAAACGCCAGCGAAGUGACUCUGAAAGUGAGGGGCUUCAGAAGGCUCAUGCCAGUGAUUCCGAAAAUGAAAAUUCCUCUAGACAAAAACAGAAGAUUGAAUCAGAUGAUAGUGACAGAGAGAACAGGCGGGAUAAAGGGAAAUUACAGAAUGACUCUCUGCAUUCAGGUAGCCAUCCAGAGGAGAAAAUAUUUCACAGCUCUGACAGUGAGGAUGAAGCACCUAAAAGGCAGAAAAUGGAUAGUGAUGAGGAUGAAGAGAAGGAAGAAGAGAAAGUAGUAAAGAGGAAAGCUGCUAUCCUUUCUGAUAGUGAAGAUGAAGAGAAAGCACCUGCAAAGAAGGGGCGCAUCGUCUCUGAUGCAGAUGACUCUGACAGUGAUGCUGCUUCUGAAAAAUCUGCCAAAAGACAGAAAAAAACUGUAGCAUCAGAGAGUGAAGAAGAUGACGCUGGGAAGGAAGAGACUGGCAAGAAAAGUGAAGAGAAAGAUCUGUUUGGGAGUGACAGUGAUUCAGGAAAUGAAGAGGAGAACUUGAUAGCAGAUAUAUUUGGAGAAUCUGGUGAUGAAGAGGAAGAAGAAUUUACUGGUUUUAACCAAGAAGAUUUGGAAGAAGAGAAAAGUGAAACACAAGUUAAAGAGGCAGCAGAUGAUUCAGAUUCUGACGAUAACAUAAAAAGAGGAAAACAUAUGGACUUCAUGUCAGAUUUUGAGAUGAUGCUGCAGCGUAAGAAGAGCAUGAGUGGAAAACGCAGGCGAAAUCGUGAUGGUGGAACUUUUAUUAGUGAUGCAGAUGAUGUAGUUAGUGCCAUGAUCGUUAAGAUGAAUGAAGCAGCUGAGGAAGAUAGGCAACUGAACAAUCAAAAAAAGCCAGCACUGAAGAAACUGACUUUGCUACCUACUGUAGUUAUGCACCUUAAAAAGCAGGACCUUAAAGAAACUUUUAUUGAUAGUGGUGUAAUGUCUGCCAUCAAAGAAUGGCUUUCACCUCUACCAGAUAGGAGUUUGCCAGCACUGAAGAUUCGGGAGGAACUUCUAAAGAUCCUACAAGAGCUACCUAGUGUGAGUCAGGAGACUCUGAAGCACAGUGGUAUUGGACGGGCAGUGAUGUAUCUUUAUAAGCAUCCCAAGGAGUCCAGACCCAACAAAGACAUGGCAGGGAAAUUGAUCAAUGAGUGGUCUCGACCUAUCUUCGGCCUCACCUCCAACUACAAAGGGAUGACCAGAGAGGAGAGAGAGCAGAGAGAUUUGGAACAAAUGCCUCAGCGUAGGCGAAUGAACAGUGCUGGUGGUCAGACACCACGAAGAGAUCUGGAAAAGGUGUUGACAGGAGAGGAAAAAGCUCUUAGACCUGGAGACCCUGGCUUCUGUGCUCGUGCCAGAGUACCAAUGCCCUCCAACAAGGACUAUGUUGUCAGACCCAAGUGGAAUGUGGAAGUGGAAUCAUCAAGGUUUCAGGGGACUUCUAAGAAAGGAAUCAGUCGAUUGGAUAAACAGAUGCGGAAAUUCACAGAUAUACGGAAAAAAAGCAGAUCUGCUCAUGCAGUGAAAAUCAGCAUUGAAGGCAAUAAAAUGCCUUUGUGACCUUGCUGAUGUUCUGUCAUCUCUACUGUAAGAAAUGCACCAUUGGACUCUUGGGAAAGGAUGACAUUUUAAAUUUUUUUAGUGUAUCUGUAAAUUGUUGGUUCAACUUCUGUAUCAUGUCCUUGGACUGAGACUCCAAAGGCUUCUCUCCCAAUUGUAUUUAAACUGUUCUGUUGUGUACUUUGUACAGAUGAUAUUCGUUGUACUGCUUCAGACUUUAGACAAUAAAUACCCAUCUUGUUUUGGGAA